AAAACAACAACUUGAAAGUAUUAGUUUUUUUGUCCAAAAUAAUGAAUUUAAUCCAUUUCUAUACUGUACAUAUAUAUAAAUGAAAUGUCUAUUUCAGUCUCCUCUUGUUGAGAUUUACAUGACAUAUACAUCUGCAUUUUUGACUCUUAUUUACACGUUUUACAAAAUAGUUCAAAAAGGGGUUCUUUUUAAUUCAUAGCAAGACUUGAAUACAUAAAUACAUAAUACAUUUAUAAUAACGAUUAUGAUUUCAUUUUUAAAACAGCAUCUGAUUAUGUGACAAAAAAGCAUUUCAACAAGUAGGGUGGAGAACUGAGAACAGUCACAGUAAAUAAUCCCAUUCUUCAUCUAUUGCUUUAGAUUUGUAAAUGUGAUCAUGAUUGUGUGUAUUGAUGGAGUAGUGUAGGUCGUCCAUCACCGUUUGGGGGAGUCAUUUUGUUGACUGUCAUCAAAAACCGAGUUUAGUGGCAUUUUUUUUUUUUAUUUAGAAAAUGUAUAAAAGAAAUCUCUUGCUGCAUGAAUAAAAAUGUACAGGUUGAAACACAGUCCCUGAGCUGUAGGGUCUCGUGUGUUGCCCAAACAUGAAUCCAAACAUGGCGCUCACAGUAGGAUCAUUCAUGCGGGCACAGUUCUCCUGGUCUUCCUGAACAGCUGGCUCAGUCUCCGUCGUGGCGAGACUCUCUCAGAAGACACACUCCCGUGGCUGUUUAAAUACAAAACUCAGAUUUAGGUCAUUUCACAGGGAACAGAGAGAGUCACUGAAAUGUGCAGGAACCAACAGAUGCAAGUUAUUUCUGGACCACUGCGUGGGGAAGGCCGGCAGCCAUUUUGGAGCAGCGUGUUUCAUUUUUCUGUAAUCCUGCUGACUCAAGCACAAACAUCUCACCUCUUCAGCGCUUUGGCCACCGGAUCUCCUCUUGUCAGGGACGUGAUUUUCAACUUCCAGUUCUUUUUGAACCCAGCCUGCUGACAGGAUGAUAGAAAUGCACACUUGAGUCGUGUCAGAUUGCAGAUGACACCAAAAUGUAUUCUCAAAUUUAUAAAGCGUUGGUUGGUCCUUCACCUCCUUCUUCUGACCCCCUUCCUCUUCAGGAAGAUGAUCGAUGCUCUGAUGCUGCCCUCUACUGUCCGAGUUCAGUUUUCCUGUUAACCAAACGUAAUAUGAGAGCAGGAGUAUUACGGCGAGAACUUGCCAACCGAAACUCACUUAGGUGAAGUGUCGCAACACUUGCGUCAGAAAAGGAUCGUUUCCGGAUCUGUUCAUCAAAGUUGUGCUUGAGUUUCUGUGGUUCGCUGCCAGAUUGGUCGCACCCUUCAGUUUGGAGCCUUCGGCAAGCCUCUAGUUCUUCCUCAGCGGCCUGAACGUCAAGCUGACACGAGGCGUGUGCAGCCUACAGGAGACUUCAAUGAAUUACACUGACAUUUUUCUGGCACGGUGUGAAUCCACCGAGCACGCAUGUGUGGUCCAGCCCAGUUGAGAACCGACUGUGCUCACCUGGUUAACCUGCAUGCCUUCGUGACUCUGCAGCGAAUCCAUCUCCAUCUGUGAGGACCGGAUGUUCAUCUGCUCUUUGGCAGCUCUCUCCAGAAUUUGGCAAACACGCUCCAAGUAGCUGAAUGCCGGACUCAGGCCUGUUUUUUCUUCCCCUCCCGGGUCCUUUGUUAACAUGCCAAUGUCAACAUACAGGAUUAGAUACAUUUCAAUAUCGUACCUUACAUUCUCAAUUUGAUCCAUGGUUUAUUAUUUAUUAAGCUAGUUAGUUCACUUUAUAAUUCCAGUUUCCUGUAUGUCCCAUCUGUGUCGGUUGACGUGUCAGCAUUCUGUGAGUCUGGUUUUCUAAAUCUGUUUCUCACUAACAUACAGGAAAAAUAUGACUUGAACGCUCCGAUACUGUUUCGCAUCUUUUACUGGCGUGAAGACAGUAUUGCAACAACCUAUAUGAAUGUGCGGCCAAAUCACGAAAAUAUAUGAGGGCAUAUUCAUAGAUAACCAAAACCAGUGCUCCUUAAUUAAAGUAGAUUGGAUGCUUUGUUGGUAAAUUAAUACAGUAUUUUACAAAUACAUAACGUCUGUAUUGCUACAGUCAUAUAUGUAAUGUAAAAUCCAUGUUUCGACUUGGAAGGUGAAGAGAAGAAAUCAUUUAAAGUGACAUUAAGUUUUAUGGUUGAAGGCUGGUCAGAUUACUUCUUCUUUAUCUGAAUCUUAGUUGUCGGUUAAUGUUGAAGCAUGUUCAGAUAAAGUCAAAGAAUGGAAGAGAACAAGAUUUCAAAUGAAAUGCAGUUGUAUUUGAAGAAAGUGUCUUGUCUAAGUGUCUUGAGAACUUGCGGAUGGGAAACGUGUGUUGUCAACAUCAGCAACGGCAAUGAAAAAUGACAGGUGUGUUCUUUCUCCUGCAAUGACAAAUGAUAAAUCCCUCAUUUAAUAGAGAGAAGACUUGAUUUAAGAACAGGUAGGACAGUAGAGCAAGAAACGUGCCCUGUGUAUUGGUAUGGAUUGAACUAAAUGCAUGCCCCCUUUGUGAGAGGAAGCUCUCUUGUCAAAACACUAAGCUUCUCUGUAGAUUUGUUUAUACUUAUAUAUCAGUUGCUGAAUAUUAUAUUAUAUUAUAUUAUAUUAUAUUAUAUUAUAUUAUAUUAUAUUAUAUUAUAUUAUAUUAUAUUAUAUUAUAUUAUAAAAAAUGUAAUAUAUAGUAUCAUAAUUUCAUAAUGUAAAGGUUUACGUUUACACUAUGGAGUAGCCCCGCUGUUCAAACCGGAGUUCCGGACGCUGGUCGUCAUUUCCCGAGACAAAGGGAAUCAAUGCAUUUCUUUAAGUAUUUCAGUCUCCAUAAAGAUUCUGCCUGUUGGUCCUCAAUGGAGACGUCUGACAGUCGAUGAUUAUUGAGCCGCAUUCCAUCCCUGCUGGACCUUUGGAAUCCUUUGUUUGUGUUAGAUUAUUUUUGACUAGUUAGUGGAUUUACUUUCUGUUGUACCUUCUUGAAUCCAGACAGUGUCUGUUGAAACUCUGUCACACUUCCAUCAUUAAAAACACAGCAGCAUGUCAACUCACGUGAACAAAGUGGAAAUGGCAGUGGCGCAGGGAACCAUUUGCUCUGUGCUUCUUUGGCCACUCAUCAUCGCCGUCACCAUGCCACUCGACCAUAAGGAUGAGCAGAGCAGCCUCUCGCGCUGCCUGUCAAUCUCCCAGGGGAAACAACUUGACAGGGCCAUCCGACAUGCUGAGCUCAUCCACCGCGUUUUGGAAGAAGCCUGCACUAUGUUUGAGGAAAUGUUUCGGCCACAAAUGAACAAGGUGGGAUAUGCCUGCAUCACUAAGUCCUUGGCGGUGCCCGGCAACACACGUGAAAUCCAUCUGAUGUCUGAUAAACGGCUGCUGCACUCUGUUCUGACGCUGGUUCAAUCCUGGAUUGAGCCUUUAGUCUACCUACAGAUGGCACUUCGUCGCUACGACGCCCCAGAUAGGCUGCUUUACAAGACCAAGUGGGCGUCGGGGAAACUGCUCAGUCUGCAGCAGGGGGUGGUCGUGCUCAUAAAGAAGGUGCUGGAUGAGGAGAUGCCAUCCAUCAACUACACUCAACACAGCCUCUUCCAGCAUGACGUCCCUGCACAGAUGCUGGAGUCUGUUAUGAGGGACUACAGGUUGCUCAGCUGCUUCAAGAAAGACACCCACAAGAUGGAGUUAUUCUUGAAAUUUCUUAGAUCCAGAACACGCAACAAUAACUGUACAUAUAUGACCAGUUAAUCGAUCAAUAACAAUGCAGUGGUUUCUCAAGAUUUGAUGUUCAGAAUGUUCCUCACGCAAUAUAGAAUAAGGUAGAUCACCUUACCAACAAACAAACAGCUCUACAAAAUCCAGACAACAUGGUACAGAUAUGUGUUGCUCUGUUAGCCUCUUAAAAUUCUGCAUGUCACUUCGCCUGGUUGUUUCUCUAAACAUGGCUCACUCUAUAAAGACGAUCACCAUUAGAGGAUCCCCAUUUGGUCUCAUCUAUGUCUAUAAUCCUAACAUUCCUCACUAGCCAGCAUUAAGUGAGACUCUUAAUAGAGUUCUGCAUCAGCUGGAGCAGCAGUCAAGCAGAGAAAGAGGAAUCACAAGAGAGAAAUGGAACAUGUUCAAAGUUCAAAGGUGUCAAGGUCAAUAAAAUGUCAUAUGACAUUGCAAAUAUGCAUAUGACACAUGCACCGCUCACCUAUAUGAUACUACACACACGCUUUUAUUGAGGGAUGAAAAAAACAUUUUUAAGUUGUUGUGCUUCAGAAAUGAUAUGAAGGGACCAAUUCUUG